CAGAGAAAAAUCACUAGCCGCUAUUAGUUUUUCACCAUUCCUCCAGAACACGUACUCUUUACUCUCUUGCAAUCAACAUGACUUUUUCGUCUGUCAAGACCAUCGCCUUUGUUGGGGGAACCGGCACAACCGGUGCCUUCUUCAUCGACGAGUUCCAGAAGAGCGGCCAAGAGUUCAAAGUCACCCUGAUUACCCGCAAGGAAAGCGCUGAAGCAGCCACCGCCAAGUAUGCUGACAUUCCUCAGUUCACCGUCCGCGGCGUCGACUACAGCGACUCGGCCGACCUUGUCAAGGCGCUGGCCGGCCACGAUCUCGUACUGUCGCUGAUUGGCGGCGUCGGCUUGGGCACCGAGCAACUGGCGCUCGUCAAUGCCGCCUCCACGGCCGGCGUCAAGUACUUUGUUCCGUCCGAGUUUGGCAGCGACAUCACCUACCCAGACAACAGGGGCUUGCCGAUUUUCUCUCCCAAGCAUGCUGUGCGCCAGGCUGUCGAAAACAGCGGCCUGACCUAUAUUUACGUUGUCACUGGCUUUUUCGCCGAUUUCUUCCUCAACCCGUUCUAUAACUGGGAUCUGGAGAAAUCGUCGGUGGUGGUGCCUGGCGAUGGAUCGGCCAAGGCCUCGUUUAUUUUGCGCACCGAUGUGGCCAAAUACACCAUUGGUGUUUUGAAGCAUGCCGAGGAGUUCAGCAACAAGACUGUGAGAGUGACCGGCGGGCUCUUGUCGUUCAAUGAUUGGGUUGAGAAAGUUGAGAAGGCUUCGGGCAAGAAAUUUGCUGUCACUGACCAGCCGAUUGAGGAAAUCGACGCAAAGAUCGAUGCUGAUGUCAAAGCGACCGGCGGCUGGACCACCCUUGGUGACCAGCUCCGCUCCGUUAUCGGAAAGGGCAACGGCCGUAUUGACCUAGGCGAGAAUGAGCUUGAUAACGACAAGUUCCCUGACAUUACUCCUGAAUCCAUUGACGAGUAUAUCCUAUCUCUGUUUGACUAGUAUUUCUAAAUUAAGCUGUGCAAUACAACAUGCACUUUCAAGCCCCCUAUCCUAAGCAAUCCAAUCAGAUGUUUGAAAAGCCCUCCUUUU